AUGGCACGCACGCGCAGCACUAACAACAAGACUGGGAAACCCGCCUUGCCCACGCCCAACCCGUAUCAGUACCGCCAGGACAACGACUCGGCUCUGCCAUUACAAACCCAGCCCCAACAGGCAGCCCAGGCUCAACCACCAGCCCAGGCUCAACAGCCCGACCAGACUCAACAGCAACAGCAACAGCCACAACAAGGCACGAUGGACGCCCUCGUUCCCUUCGGCCUGAACAACUGCGCGACGUCCUCCUCCUCCUCCGCCGCCCCCGCCGCCCCUCCCCCUCCCCAGGCGCCAGCGCAGCCCGCGAGCGUCGGCGUCGCCAUGUCGGCCCUCACCCUCAACAACGCGCAGGCAGGCCCCUCCACCAUCCCGGCCGCUGCACCCGGGCCCACGACCGCGCUGGCGCCGGGCAGCCUGUUCGCGAGAAUGACUCCGGGCCCGUCGACGGCUCCAGCCGCCACGGUUCCCACUGACAACACAGCUACACCCACCCCCGCCGCGCCUGCAGCGGCAACACAGCCCACAACGAGCGGGUUCGCAUCCUUCGCGCCGUUCAACCCCGCCCCCGCAGCGGCCCAGGCCCAGGCGGGCCCGUCGACCGCCACACCAGCCACUACUGCCACUGGUAGUGACGCGCCGCCCCCGGCCAAGAAGUACACCUUCCCUUACCACGACUUCAGUGGUAGUGGCAAGCGCAAGGCCGACGACGGGGGCACACCUGCCCCUGCGCCUACCCCUGCCCCUGCUGCUGGCACGUCUUCAUUCGCAGCAGCGGCGGCGAACUCUUCCCCCUUCGGGGCGGUGGCCGCUCGCCCGUCCGUGUUGGGCAGUACCCCCGCGGCGGCGCCGAGCGCCCCAGCCUUCAACACGCCGACCCCAGCUCCGCCUCCCGUCGCGGCCGGCUUCGGCACGGCGACGACCGCCGCAGCUCCGGUGGCUCCCGCCUUCGGCAUGACGACGGCCCCCGCGCCAGCACCACAGUUUGCGAUCCCGACCCCGGCCCCCACGAACGCGUUCCAGACCCCCGCUCAGGGCGGCACUGCCACGGGCUUCGGCAACGCGACUGGCACCAGCGGCUUCGGCAACACCGGCACCACCAACGCCUUUGCUACGGCGACUGGUAACGCCUUUGCCACAGCGACUGGCAACGCCUUCGGCCAGCCAGCCGCCGGCACCAACGCCUUUGGCAACACGACCACCCCCGCCCCCGUCAGGAACAUGUUCAACACCACGGUCCCGCUGCCGACGCCGCCACAGUCCCCGCCCCGGUCCCCGCCUUCGCUAGCGGGGUCGGACACGAAGCGUCGCCACAUAUCCCGCAAGCAGAUGCGGAUGUUAGUGGAGCGGGCGACGAAAAAAGCGGAAAAGGCGGCGCGCAAGGCCGCACGCUACGCCGGCCAUGCGCACUGUCUGCGCGAGGCCGAGCUGCAGCGCAUGAUGCGCGAGGCGGGCUCGAACGCGAUGGACCCGAUCGUCGACGUCGACAUGGACGACUCGGACGACGACGGCGAUGGUGCCACUGUGGCAGUGGCUGGCGGCGCGGCGAAGAAGGCCGUAUCAGACAUUAUCGACUGGGAGUUUGGCCGCGCGCUCGCCUUCGUCAGCGAGCAGGCCGAGGCGCAGUACAAGAGUGCUGUGGACGACCUGCUCAGCGCGGGCAACAAGCUGCUGUCCACGAUGGCGGGGCGCAAGCACAAGAAGAAGGCGCGUAAGAUCAAGAAGGCGCUGCGCAGGGUCGAGAAGGCCAAGGCUGUCAUGGCUGGGCAUAGGAGGUACGUCCAGGACCAGAAGGACAUGAUUGCUGGGCGCCGGAAGCGGCUGCGGCGGGAGGUGCGCAAGCGCAUGCGCGCGGGGGUGUGA